GUCCUUCGCAGCUCACUGGGCCGGCUUUGCUGAAGUUUUCACGGAUUUUGUAAACUGCCAAAAAUUCGAUAUCUCAGCCUGGUUCUAGUGGGAAGUUGAGCAGGAGUUUUCAAAUCUGGCAAGAUUAUAGAAGGGAGGAGAAUAUUUGAAUUUUACGACCAACGCUCACAUAGCAGGUCAACGUGCUGUGAAGAUGUACAACCUUUCUUGCGUUGACGGCCAUCGGUUCGGCGAUGUCUAUGUUCUCGACAUUCAGCGACUUAGCGCUGGCCUGUCCGCCAUCUCAUCAGAUCAGAAACUCAGCCUUUUCGAUCCCGCACGAGUUGGCCAGGGCCCCGUCAAGUCUUACCAGACGAACCACGGCAAUCUGACAUGCCUCAAGACCUUUGACUGGCAAAAUUCUGUUGUCUGCACGGCGGGAGAAAAUGGAGAAGUCUCGGUCUGGGAUAUGAGGGAAGGGUCAAAGCCGCAAGUCGCCCAUUUUGCGGCUACUCAAUCACCCAUUCUAUCUAUGGCUUGUGAUCCUAGAAGCAACACGAUAGCACUGGGUACGGAGUUUCAAAACCACAUGGCAUCCGUCCUACUCUGGGACAUCAGAGCCGGUCCGAAGCAGAGACUCCAGUACGACGAAGUCCACAGCGACGACGUCACAGAACUCCGCUUCCACCCUUCGGAACCGCACAUUCUCCUUUCGGGAUCGACCGACGGCCUUGUCAAUGUCUACGACACACGCAUCUCCGACGAAGACGAGGUUGUCGUCCAGACGUUGAACCAGGGCUCUGUCCACCACGCCUCUUUCCUCAGCAAUACAGAGGUCUACGUGCUGACACACGACGAGAAGCUGGCCGUGUACAGCGUCGCCGAAGACUGCGGAUCUGGCGCGGCUCUGGUCGACUUUGGUGACGCGAGAGAGACACUGGGUUGCCAGUACAUUGCCAAUAUGACAACCAAGGUUGACGGUAGCGGUGCUAUCGUCGGUGCCGGCUCACAAGACCGUCAAGUAUUCGAGUUGGUGCACCUAUCCCGCACAGCCGAAGGCAGCUGGGGUUUCGACAGGGCGAACAGCGUCGGCCUGCCGGGAGGCCACGGCGAAGAGAUCAUUCGGUCGUUCUGCUUCUACGAUGACGAACAAGUCGUCUUCACUGCUGGAGAGGACGGUAAUAUCAAGGCGUGGAGGCCCACAUAGGUCAGAAAAUAGAAGAAAGCAAAAGUUUGAAAAACU